AGUGGAUCUCCAGGCUUGACAUUCUGUUGAGAGCUAACGCAUAUAUUUCAAGAGUCUAAAUAAAGUGUUUGACUUUUGUCGCAUAAGUAUCGACCUUGAAGAUCAUAUGCUCGAUACUAGCUAGACGAUCGAGCUCUCAAGGACCACCAUGGCUAUACAAAAAGUGUACAGAAUCGGCGUCGACGUCGGAGGAACCAAUACAGAUUGUGUUAUCCUUCACCCUGGCGAGGCAGAUCUACCCGAUCGAGGCAUUCGCUCUGCAUUCAAGACUCCAACAACAGCAAAUGUGACGGAGGGCAUCACGAAAGCAAUCGAAGGAGCUAUAUCGCAAUGCGGUAUUCCUCUGCACGCCGUGUCGGCCGUCAUGAUCGGCACCACACACUUCAUCAAUGCCGUUGUCCAAGCAGACGACAGAAACUUGAGGAAAGUCGGUGUCCUCCGGGUUUGUGGGCCUUACACAAAGGAGAACCCGGCAUUCAUGGAUUUCCCUCCUAUCCUUGGGAGGAUCAUGAAUGGUCACGUAGCGUACUUGGAUGGCGGUCUCGAGUUCGACACUCGAGAAAUCAUGCCUCUUAACGAGGCGCAAAUCCGCAAAGAAUGCCAGAUCCUAAAGGAGAAGGGCAUCACGGAUAUUGCUGUAAUUGGAGUCUUCUCUCCUCUCGACAUUGCUGGAAAGCAGGAGGCGAGAGUAAGAGAAAUCAUCCUCGAGGAGAUGCCCGAGGCAGACGUGGUCUUGUCUCGCGAAAUUGGCCAGUUGGGGUAUCUCGAGAGAGAAAAUGCCACCAUUCUCAACACAUCAAUUCUCAAGUUUGCUAGAAAAACCAUUCGUGGCUUCAAGCUGGCAAUCCGAACCUUGGGUCUUUCCUGUCCACUGUUCCUGACGCAGAACGACGGCACAAUCAUCGAUGCUGACUCAGCAGAGAAAUGCCCUAUCAAGACCUUCUCAAGUGGCCCAACCAACUCCAUGUCUGGAGCGGCUUAUUUAGCUGGACUCGAUACGAAGAAGGGGCGUAUACAGAACUCCCAAGUGAUUGUGGCCGACGUCGGAGGCACAACAACCGAUGUUUGCGCACUGUUACCUUCUGGUUUCCCGCGUCAAGCCGGCACAUGGAUAGAGAUCGGUGGUGUUAGAAGUGCCUUUCCCAUGCCCGAAGUGCUAUCCGUCGCACUCGGGGGUGGCACGAAGGUUGAGGAACGAGACGGUAAGGUGGCUGUCGGUCCCGAGUCAGUGGGACACAGACUACUACAGGAGGGUCUUGUCUUUGGCGGCAAUACGUUGACAACGACCGACAUUGUCGUCGCAAGCGGCCAUGCAGACAUCGGCGACGCUUCUAAGGUGAAGGAUGUACCUAAAGAUGUCAUCACUAAAGCGAGAUACCGCAUGAAGAGACUGCUGGAGAACGCCGUGGACGCGAUGAAAUUGAGUGCCGAUGAUGCUGUUGUUAUCCUUGUUGGAGGUGGCAGCAUCGUGCACAUGGACGACCUCGCCGGCGUCGGACAAAUCAUACGCCCACCAUUUCACGACUGUGCGAAUGCAGUUGGAGCAGCCAUCGCGAAGAUCUCCGGACAAAUAGACAUCGUCAAAGUACUGGAAGGUCGGGAUGAGGACCAAGUCGUUGAGGAGGUUUGCGAAGAGACAAAGAAACUGGCGAUCGAUGCAGGCGCCGAUCCCGAGUCCGUCAGGAUCGUCACAAUCGAGAACAUGCCUCUGCAGUAUGUCCAGAUGCGAGCAACAAGGCUGAUCAUCAGAGCUGCCGGCGUACUGAAUCAAAAGGCACUUAUGCAGUAUGUGCCCUCAGAAACCACUGAAGAACUCCUUGUCGUCCAGGAAGAGGGACAACGAGUCUCCAAAACCACCAACGCAGAGAAAGAUCCCAAGGACUUCUUGGUCAGCCCUUCAGCACUGAUCGACAUCCGCCAAUACAAGCCCGAGGUGGACAAAGACGGUACUUGGUGGGUGUCGGAAAUUGAUUUGGAAUUCCUGGCCACAGGUUGUAGUAUACUGGCUUGCGGCGGUGGUGGUCCAGGGUACAUGUGCUACAUGGCCGCGAGAGCUGCACUCAAAGCUGGACAUCGCUUACCCGUCGUGGACAUUAACACUCUGCCUGAUGAGGGACACGUGUUUGGAAGCAUUUCAUACGGAGCCCCCACUGUUACCCUUGAACGGAUACCCAGUGGCACGGAAUCAGUUGAUGCCACCACAGCCUUGUUGAGCAUGUAUCCCGGUGUCAAGAUGGAUGCUCAAAUUGCGGUCGAGAUCGGAGGAAUGAAUGGCAUCCGUCCUAUGCUCGUCAGCGCUCAAUAUGGACAAGUCCCCACGAUCGAUGGUGAUUUUAUGGGAAGAGCAUAUCCCAGAGUCUACAUCAUGACUCCCUACCUAUUUGAUAUCCCUCUCAAUCCUUGCACGCAGAGUGACGGGAACGGCAACGUCGUGACAGUGCACAAGGCUUCGGACCCCAAGAAACUAGAAAAGAUCCAUCGCAAGGCCGGCCACGAGCUCGGUUUGUUCAGCCAGCUGGUCCUCCCUCCCAUCACCAUCAAGGACGCCAAGAAAAUCGGCACGCUCGGGACGACUUCACUGGCCUGGUAUCUCGGCCACGCCGUCUAUCUGGCUCGUCAAGAAAAGACGGAUAUUAUGAAAGCCAUUGUCGAAGCCAACCCGUCCGGCCGCGUUCUCUACACCGGCAAGAUCGUGUCCGUGAACCGCUACAUCUCGGAUGGCGGCUACACCGAGGGUACGGUGCGUCUGAAGCCGAUCGGCAGCGACGAACAAGAAUACGGCGACAGCGUGACCACGGAGACGAGAGACAUGAUCCUGCCCUUCCAGAACGAAUAUCUCUAUGCCGAGCUGAUCGAUCCCGAUGCCGAAAAGGGCACCAAGGGCGAAAUUCUCUGCACGGUGCCCGAUCUGAUAUCCCUGGUCGGAACGGACGGGUACGCUCUGGGAACUCAGGAUCUCCGAUACGGUGUCCGAGUCAGCGUGGUGGCUUUCGUCGCGCAUCCGCAUUGGUAUACGCCCGUGGGAAUAAGGACCGGUGGACCUAAGGAGUUUGGAUACGAUAUGGACUUUAUCCCGCUGGGUACGCCAUACUACGAGCCUAAGCGAGUUACCGAGGAGUUCCGGCCUGCAUGAUAAGGGUGCCACGGGGUGCUUAGGUGGAAUAUAACAAAGAAAAUAGAAAUAGAUCGGCUUCUUCUACCGCCGUGGGUUUCAAGCUGUACGGACUAUAGAUGUGGGCCAACGUGUCUUUUUGGCCGACGAAUUGAAUGCGUCUCAUACUAG